CUGGUCCGCCUAUCGUGCUCUCUGCGCUCCACGCCUUUUUGUGCCAACCGGAUCUGUCGCGAACACCAACUUUGCAGGGUUGUUGCCCGGCAUACUUGUAACAUGCCCUUCCCAUCGUAUCCUUCCGGCUUUGACCACAGGUCCUCUUCAAGCAUGGUCCAUGUCUCGUGUCCGUAUAGCUAUAUGCAUGCGCUCAAAACUUUUGACGGUUAUUACCACGCGUCGAAGCCGAACGCCACGGCUCAAUACCGAGCAGCUGCGUGGCUCAAGACUACGCGCAGCAGUUAGCAGUGGCCCUACCAACGGAAGAGCAGCUUGGCGCAGCUACACUUGAAGAUGGCUGGAGGGACAUCCGAUCCGCCAUAGGUAGUACCUCGGCUACAGCACUAGGCUUCGCGACUCCGAGUCACAGAAACGACUGGUACGACGGCGAAUGUGAACAGUUGAAAAACGAGAAGAAUGCAGCAUGGGCGAGAAUGCUGCAACACCGUACGAGAGCGAAUGAGGCACGUUACAAACAGGCGCGGAACAGGCAGAACUCAGUCUUCCGGAUGAAGAAGCGCCAGCAGGAAGAACGAGAUCGCGAAGCGAUGGAAGAGCUGUACCGCGCUAAGGACACACGAAAGUUCUACGAGAAGCUUGUUACAUUUAGAUCUUGAAUGGGUAGUGCUCUAAUCAUAAACUAGAAAAUCAUUAGAGUGUAAGCGAACAAGAACGCAGCCAGGCAUGAAGCACAAGAUAGGGAAAGCUUUUCAAGACAACUGUCGCUGUCAAACGGUUUUCCUAUCGUCAAACCAACGAUCCUACACCACUUCCGCCCGAGGUGAAAACGAAAGAAGCUGCAAAAGAGAACUCGUGCCAGAUUGAGCAGACAAGUUCGGGCUGUUGAACAUCCUAAAAAUUGCAGUCGGUCAAUCAUCACACGGAAAAUCGGAAGCCCGGUACCUGGGUGUACAAGGAGGACCGGCGCGAUUGAGCCAUCCAAAUACGACACCAAGUGCCUCUCUUGCAUUGGGAGCAUUCCCGGCAGCGGUAGGCGGUCGACAAACUGGGUGGACCGCAUCAGCCAGAAAAGGUAGAAAUCAGCGUUUUACGUGAGACGGACAGUGUUAACCUUAAUUCAUAAAUCCUUCCUUGACAGUUGGACAGCGGCGUCGUAUUUAACGGAGCAUUGAUCUCGUUCAGCAGCCCGCUCGUCGGCCGAACUCUUGAGCACGUGAUCAACACUUGAGAAAGGAACGGAUCGAAAGGUAACUCACUCACUUCAGUGUGGUAAUAUGCCUUUGACCUCAUGAUGACUCUCUACCGCAGAUUGGAAAGUAAUUCCUAAACGCAUGUUUGAUCUGGACAUCAUCGGAUCCGAAGUAGUUUGCACCUAGCAACACCGCAUAGGUAAGACACUAUUGACAAAUAUUGAACAACCAGAGCAAAUUAUAUCAUCUUGCGUGUUCAUCAGAUAUUUCCGGCAACCGUUCGGAACCGCAGCGCCGCCGAACAGUGCCUGGGCUGCUGGCGACCCUUGGGUAGAGGAUCGUCCAUCUGCAAAAGCCUUCAACGAGAAGGCUUUUGUUUCUACCCUUAGAACACACCGAGAAGUUUGGCACACCGAGCAUUGGACGGCGAGGAUUCCGUGUGCAUCUUCUGGAAGGCACGCGGCACACGGCUCCGUUGGCGACACGGGCGCGACCUCGUUGAACCGCGAUCUCAUUCGUGCUGCGGGAGUGCUGAACCGACUCGGACCCGAUUUACGUGCAACGAACACCGUUUUCGUUCAAGAAGCGAAUGGUGUGGCGAGCCCCGCUUGCAUGGAGCUCGAGUGGGCACAGCAUCACAUCCAGGAUUAGAGCAGGUAGCGACAGUACGUCAGCAACCGUGAGUCGUAACCAAUAGAUUAUAGCAUAGUCGUAAGAAAGUGCAGCAAAUGCCAGUUAGAUAGGAGAGAUAGGGCUCAGAGAAGAGGCGCAUGUAAGGAAAUAUAGAGCAUUAAAAUGUAUUCUCGCACGUUUUGAUCAGUUGAGCUUUUUCUCCCGAUGUACCUAGUCCCACUCCAGGCGUAAACUGGGCUUUAGUCAGUACGCUAGCGGGUAUUUAGUAACAAGCUAACCGCUCGCGCAGAGGCUUUGUGCCACAAGCCGACAUGUGCCGAGAUAAUCACGGGAAUAUUCUCACGAGCGAGAGUGAGGUGGUCGAGAGGUGGCGGCAGCAUUACGAUGAGCACCUCAAUGGCGACGUUGCAAGUACCGAAGGUGGCGUGGUAACAAAUCUAGGAGUAUGUGCACAGGACGAAAGACUUCCGGCCCCUGACCUUCAAGAGAUUGAGGAGGAGGUUGGCCGGUUGAAAAACAACAAAGCCGCUGGAGCAGAUCAAUUACCAAGCGAGCUACUAAAAUACGGUGGAGAAGCACCGGUGAGAGCACUACACUGGGUCAUUACCAAGAUUUGGGAGGAGGAAGUAUUACCGGAGGAAUGGAUGGAAGGUAUCGUGUGUCCCAUCUACAAAAAGGGCGACAAGUUGGAUUGCGGGAACUACCGCGCGAUCACACUACUGAGCGCUGCCUACAAGGUACUCUCUCAAAUUUUAUGCCGCCGUCUAUCACCGAUUGCAAGAGAGUUCGUGGGGCAAUAUCAGGCUGGAUUUAUGGGUGAACGCGCUACAACGGACCAGGUGUUCGCCAUCCGCCAGGUGUUGCAGAAAUGCCGCGAAUGCAACGUGCCCACACAUCACUUGUUCAUCGAUUUCAAAUCGGCGUAUGAUACAAACGAUCGACAACAGUUAUGGCAGAUUAUGCACGAAUACGGAUUUCCGGAUAAACUGGAUACGAUUGAUCAAAAGGACGAUGGAUCAAAAGAUGUGCGUAGUUCGAGUAACAGGGACACUCUCGAGUCCCUUCGAAUCUCGCAGAGGGCUAAGGCAAGGUGAUGGUCUUUCGUGCUUGCUGUUCAACAUUGCUUUAGAGGGUGUAAUUAGGAGAGCGGGGAUAAACACGAGUGGAACGAUUUUCACGAAGUCCGUUCAGCUGCUUGGUUUCGCUGAUGAUAUUGAUAUUAUUGCUCGUAAAUUUGAGACGAUGGCGGAACCGUACAUCCGACUAAAGAGUGAAGCCAGGCGGAUCAGAUUAGUUAUUAAUGUUGCGUUGCGUGGUAACGGAGUAAUUCGUAGAUUGCAUACUGAAAGUUGUCAUGUUAAAACUUUAAUACUCCUAUUCUAAUUGCUUAUGGAAUGCUAUUUGGGAAGAAACAGCUAUCCAAUCAGAGGUUGAAGUAAAAAAGACAUGAUAACUUCCAUUGCCGGCCACGCCCAUCUUCUCCGUUACGAGGAUAGGAAAGGAUGUGAUGAUAUGACACCUACUUUACAAGAGGACAGCGACUCACCGACACUCCCAUAGGCGCCAAGGAGUUGAUUAUUUGGAAUGGGGUGAUCUGGGAACCACUAUAAGCGAGUGAUGCGACAAGAUUCAGAUUGUGUAAGUGUAUUUGAGUAAAUCA